CUUCAAUUCGAUCUGCUUGAACAGAGAAGAGGAGCACUUGCAUGCAAUUCAAGGACUAGCAGAAACCAUAAUGAAGUUAUUUGUGCACCACUGUUUCAUAUUGUUACUGUUACUUGUUUGUAAUUGGAAAAUAACGAAGGGUGUGGUGGAACUUCCACAAGGUGUUUCAGUUCCAGCAGUGAUAGUGUUUGGAGAUUCGAUCAUGGAUACAGGCAACAACAACAACAAGAUGGGCACACUUGCGAGGUGCAAUUUCCCUCCAUAUGGAAAAGAUUUCAAGGGAGGCAUACCAACUGGUCGAUUUGGCAAUGGAAAAGUUCCAUCUGACUUUGUAGUUGAAGAAUUGGGCAUUAAGGAAUUUCUGCCAGCAUAUUUAGAUCCAAAUCUCCAAGCUAGUGAUCUCAUCACUGGUGUUUGCUUUGCAUCUGGAGGCUCCGGGUAUGAUCCUCUCACAUCCAAAUUAGUGUCAGCUAUAUCGUUGAUGGAUCAAAUAGAUUUGUUCAAAGAAUACAUAGGCAAGCUUCAAGUACUCGUUGGAGAGGAAAGAACAAACUUCAUCAUAGCAAAUAGCAUUUAUCUUGUUGUGGUAGGCAGUAAUGACAUUUCCAACACAUACUUUUUGAGUCACGCUAGACAAGUGCAGUAUGACAUUCCUGCUUACACUGACCUAAUGCUCAGUUCAGCUUUGAAUUUCUUUAAGGAAAUAUAUCAACUGGGUGCAAGGAGGAUAGGAGUAUUCAGUGCUCCACCAAUUGGGUGUGUUCCAUUUCAGAGAACGCUGCUUGGAGGAAUAGUGAGAAAAUGUGCAGAUAAAUAUAAUGAAGCAUCAGUGUUAUUCAACAGCAAACUGUCCAAACAGUUGGCUUCCCUUAACAAGAGCUUGCCGGGUUCCAGGACGGUUUACCUUGAUGUUUAUAAUCCUCUGCUUGACCUCAUUGUAAACUACCAAAAUUAUGGUUAUAAAGUUGGAGACAGAGGAUGCUGUGGCACAGGAGAAGUAGAGGCCGCCGUAUUAUGCAACUCUUUGGCUCCACCGUGUGCUGAUGUUAGUGACUACGUUUUCUGGGAUAGUUUUCAUCCAUCGGAAAGUGUUUACAGAAAGCUCGUAGGUCCUAUUCUUCAUAAAUAUAUGUACCUGUUCUUUUAGUUUCCUUUUAGUUUUAUCCAACUUCUGACAUUCUAUGUAGUUCUACUUAUAUAGAUAUUGUUGAUUGUUGAAAAUGGAGGAAUUAAUGAAGAUCUAAAAACCAGGACUAGCUGUAACUUUUGAUGUGAAGAGAAGAA